UACCAAGAUGAAGACUGUCCUGAUCCUAGCGGCUGUUGUGACCCUUGCAGUGGCCGGCAGUGUUCCGAUCAUACGGGCAGUGGAGCUGAAACCGGUUGAUGCUGGCUUCAUCGCGCGUCAAACACAGGUUCUCAACCUUCUGGAGAGCUACAGAAAUUGUGGUGACCAACAGAUAUGUCUGAGAGGUUCUUCUACCAGCCCCGGAGGAUGAUGCUGCCUAAGGGUACCAAGGGUGGCUUCCCCUUCCAGCUGUACGUCGUUGUCUACCCCCACACUCCUCUGCCUCAGGGUUGGGAACAGUUCAAGACUUACUUCCCCGACAUGAAGCCCAUGUCCUACCCCUUCGACCGCCCCGUGGUCGAGACCUACUUCAAGCAGCCCAACAUCUACCACGAGGAUGUGUUCAUCUACCACGAGGGCGAGCAGACCGCCAAUUAGUAUAACGUUCAGAAGUACUUCUCUAUUUAAAUGAACUAAUUGCCCAAGCCUUACGAGAAAUAGAUGUUGAAAGUGUGCUCGUCAUGAUUGCCAACAGGCCGGCAUACUGCCAGCUUAGCCAAGGUUGAAGUCGCUUUUGACAACGAAACGCUUCGUUGAAAAUUUAGCUAGAUGCCCAUCUAAAAACUCAGUAAACCUCAUAUUUAUAUUCUUUGUUAUCCAUUACUAAACUUGAUAGAUAAAAUAAAUAUUAUUAUUCAA